CGAGGCCGCGGCCUGAGGCUCAGGGCCCCCCAGCCCCUCCCUCCCAGCCCACCAGCGUCACCCCCCAGCCCCGAGCUGGACCGCACACCUUGGGACACGGUUUUCCACUUCCUAAGGACGAGCCCCAGACUGGAGGAGAGGUCCGAGGAGGUGGGCGUUGGACUCUUCGCCAGGACCCCGGCGGCGGGCCCCGGGGAGGCGGCCGAGGCGGCGGCGGCCGGGGGCGACAUGGCGGAGGAGCAGGACCUGUCCGAGGUGGAGCUGAGCCCCGUGGGCUCCGAGGAGCCCCGCUGCCUGUCCCCAGGGAGCGCGCCCUCGCUGGGGCCCGACGGCGGCGGCGGCGGCGGCGGCGGCGGCGGCGGUGGCGGCGGCGGAUCGGGCCUGCGAGCCAGCCCGGGGCCCGGCGAGCUGGGCAAGGUCAAGAAGGAGCAGCAGGACGGCGAGGCGGACGAUGACAAGUUCCCCGUGUGCAUCCGCGAGGCGGUCAGCCAGGUGCUGAGCGGCUACGACUGGACGCUGGUGCCCAUGCCCGUGCGCGUCAACGGCGCCAGCAAGAGCAAACCGCACGUCAAGCGGCCCAUGAACGCCUUCAUGGUGUGGGCGCAGGCGGCGCGCAGGAAGCUGGCCGACCAGUACCCGCACCUGCACAACGCGGAGCUCAGCAAGACGCUGGGCAAGCUGUGGAGGCUGCUGAACGAGAGUGACAAGCGCCCCUUCAUUGAAGAAGCCGAGCGGCUCCGGAUGCAGCACAAAAAGGACCACCCGGACUACAAGUACCAGCCCCGGAGGCGGAAGAAUGGGAAGGCGGCCCAGGGGGAGUCAGAGUGUCCCGGCGGCGAGGCCGAGCAGGGUGGGGCCGCCGCCAUCCAGGCCCAUUACAAGAGCGCCCACCUGGACCACCGGCACCCCGGAGAGGGCUCCCCCAUGUCAGACGGGAACCCUGAACACCCCUCAGGCCAGAGCCAUGGUCCACCUACCCCUCCGACCACCCCAAAGACAGAGCUGCAGUCGGGCAAGGCAGACCCCAAGCGGGAUGGGCGCUCCAUGGGGGAGGGCGGGAAGCCUCACAUCGACUUCGGCAACGUGGACAUCGGUGAGAUCAGUCACGAGGUAAUGUCCAACAUGGAGACCUUUGAUGUGGCCGAGUUGGACCAGUACCUGCCACCCAACGGGCACCCGGGCCACGUGGGCAGCUACUCGGCAGCCGGCUACGGGCUGGGCAGCGCCCUGGCUGUGGCCAGUGGACAUUCCGCCUGGAUCUCCAAGCCACCGGGUGUGGCUCUGCCCACGGUCUCGCCACCCGGUGUGGAUGCCAAAGCCCAGGUGAAGACGGAGACCGCGGGGCCCCAGGGCCCCCCACACUACACCGACCAGCCAUCCACCUCGCAGAUCGCCUACACCUCCCUCAGCCUGCCCCACUACGGCUCUGCCUUCCCCUCCAUCUCCCGCCCCCAGUUUGACUACUCUGACCAUCAGCCCUCAGGACCCUAUUACGGCCAUUCAGGCCAGGCCUCUGGCCUCUAUUCGGCCUUCUCUUACAUGGGGCCCUCGCAGCGGCCCCUCUACACGGCCAUCUCUGACCCCAGCCCCUCAGGGCCCCAGUCCCACAGCCCCACGCACUGGGAGCAGCCAGUAUACACGACGCUGUCCCGGCCUUAAAGGGGGCCCUGUCAUCACCACCCUGCCCGGCCCCUCUGGGUAGCAUGCCCCGUCCCCCAGCCUUUGUGCCCUGUUCCUCGCCCAUCUCAGACCUGGUGGUGGGCCGUGGAGGAGGGUGCAGAGCCUGACAGCGGAGAGAAGGCUUUCUGUCUGGCUCACUGCCUUUGAUGACCCCACCCCGUCCUAUCCAGGCUCCAGCCCAGGCAAAGCCCCGGGCUCCUAGGCUGGGCAGAGGAGAAGGAGGUUGAUUGUCGCCCCUAGACUGAACGAUGAGGGGCCGCACCUUCCCACCCCC